UAACCUCUCUUACCUAACCUACACACACGUAACCCCCUCCACACUCGUUCAUCUCUCAAUGAGCCCUGUUCACCCACUCCUCACUGCCACUCACUCACCCAUAAACACACCACACACAACAAAUAAACAAGCACAUACAGAGACAUAUACACAGAGGAAGGAUUUGAGGGAAUGAGGGAGUCGCGAGGAAGAAGAAGGGAAGGUAGGGGAAACUGCUGCCACACCGCCGCCGCGUUCUGAUGCCGCCGACGCCUUCACAGAGGACCCGUGCACGAGAAAGGAAGGCUAAAAGAGAGAGAGAGCGUCACGCCCAGCCACCAUCGUCGCCGUUCAAGCCGCCGAACCGCCAUGCAAGAGACCAGGGGAAGAAGACGCCGUCACCGCUGAAGCUCGAAUGCCGCUGCAACCACCGCGUUGCCAUCAUCUUUAGAUCUGCCGUUGUUGAUGCGCGAGGACAGAGAAAAUCGCGGAGGAAGGUGGAGCCUGUCGCUGCCGUGCCUCCACCACCGCUGAUUUGCCGCCGCUGUUGAAGCUCUGGUGCAGCUGCUGCUGCCAUGGCCGCUACUCUUCCAGCCGCUGCCGUGGGUGCUUUCGGUGUGGUCUCUGUAGUUGUGGAUUGUGGGUUGCCGCUGAGUUGCAUGUGGCUGUUGGAGCUGCCCUCACUGUAGUCGCUGCUAUUGCUAGUUCGGUUCGAGUUGCUGCCGCCAUAAUUCUGCCUUCGAUUUCUCCUAAAUGCGACAUUGAGUUGAGAUGGCUGGUGGGCUGACUUCUCUGGCUAGGUUGAAGGCGGCGAUGGGCCGGGAGGAGGGAUCCUCGUCUCCUUCUACCCCUGUCUCCAAUCCUGCCGUGGAAUCUCAACCGGUUUCUCAGGAGGUGAUUUCCUCGGCUGCACGGGCCGAGGUUCAAGUUUUCCCUGGCCCUGCGAACUCUCCUGAGGUUGUGGUGGUGUCGGCUGCUGAGGCUUCUCGGAAGAGAAGGAGGCCUGAGGACCCGAGCAGCGAGACUUUUGAGGAGGGUUUGGUGCCUAGUGUGAUGGAUCGUCGUUUUGAUGCCCCGGGUUUCAUUGAUCAGGAUUUGAUGCCUGGUACGGAGCCUUAUUUUGAUGGCUGUGAUGUCUCGUUCCAGGCCAAGUCGGUGUAUCGUGCUCUCCUUCGUUCUGCUGUUGUUGUUCGGAAGACUGAGCCCGUGAUGGCUCAGGUCGAUUUAUUGGACAAGAAACUUCGCCAAUCUCAGGCUGAGGUGGCUAAGUUGAAGGAGGAGCUCGAGGCUGCCGAGAUUGCGAGGGAGAAGGCGGUGAAGUCUUCUGAAGAAGCCGGGGCGGAGAUUCUCCGGCUCUCCGAGGUUGAGACUUCACUCCUUUCUCAGCUAGGUGAGGAGCGGCGCAAGGCUUCCGAUGCGGGUUCCCGGGCUGCCGUACUUCUUGGUGAGACGGAGGCUCUGACUGCCGAGGUUGCUGCAUUGAAGAGGGAGAAAACGGAACUGCUGGCCGAUGCUAAAGGAUCAAUUGCUGCUACCGAGGAGACGAUGAAGGCGCAGGCCCUGGUGCUUGCUCCGGGAAUGGAUGUGUCCGUGAUGGGAGCAUUCAAGACCGUUCGUGAUGGCCGGAUAGUCGACCUCGAGUAG